AUGGACUCUGACAUCAACAAGUACAUUCACUCCAGAGUUAUCGAAGAUGUCCAAGUUGUGCUGUUCACGGAUGUCAUGGCGAAGUUUUCAGUCAAUAGCACUAAAGCCAAGAUGGCAAUGUUUGAUUUUUACAAGACAACAACGUCCAAAGUUCAUUGCGUCAUAGUAUGUGCCUACAACGAUGGGCUGGUACGAAUAGUGAAUGAUUUGGACAAAUUCGAAGACAGCGAUUCGAUUCUGGACGCAUUUAUUUAUGCAUUCAACCCAAUGGAACACUUUUCACCUGUGAACUCUAUGGUGAAAAGACCUGUGGCCGUGGCCAAUUUCUUCAAACCUAUAGUUCAGGAUCCUGUACCGAGCAGUGCAAGCGAGACCACCAAAAAAAGCGUUGAAAUUGAGAAAGCGGCACCAAGCAGCCGUCCCACAGCGCGGGCUAAAACUUUGCCCUCGAAGCUCGAUGGACCUAAACCACAGCCGCAGGAGCCCGCCAAAAAGAAAAAGACCGGAGAGCUCAGAUCGACAGCUCUACUGCAAAAAAUGCGUCAAGAAUGUGAAGACAAAGAACGCGAGAGAGUAGAGGAACUGCGAAAACGCAGACAAUUACAACAAGAUCGUCUUAAUAAUGACCCCAAACGUAAAAAGGAGUUGGAAGACCUGUCAGCGAUGUUUGACAGCGACGAGGACAAUGCGGAGCAAGAACAACAGUCUUCCAAUGAGGAGGCCAUAGAAGCCGAGAUAAGUGAGACACCAGCACCCACAGAAGCUGAACUUGGGGAUCUAUUGGAAACUACAGCCGAGGAAUCUUUAAUAGAGAUCAAGCCUCCGGAACUGCCCGAAGAACAGAAUGCUGAGCCUGAAACCUAUCUGGAUGAAGAAGGCUAUACCGUGACACGAAGACCAGCCCAAAGAGCCGCUUCAACACCUGUGAAACGCUCGGCCAGAGUUGUGACCAGCUCUGUCGAGAGCUCAUCGAAAAAACCCAAACAGCAAUCAUUAAUGAAUUUUUUCAACAAACGCAGGUAA